AUGGAGAGGAAGAUACUUGAAGGGAAGAGUGGAGAGGGAGAAGCCUUCGAAAGAAGGCCAUUGAUGGGGAAUCGCCGAGUAAAUCUGGAUAGAAAGAAAAAGACGCUUCGAGAACCUUUUGAUGCUUUCUUCUUAGGAGGAAGAGUUCAUAAAUCAAUCAUUCAUCACCACUUCUCUCUUCCGCAGAAACAACACAAUGGUGGUGAUCGAACCAGAAAAAACGAAGAGACCGUACUCGAAAACCCCGCUAGGCCUCAACAAACAUCAUCACCAUCAAAAACGACGACGGAUGCGACCAGCAGCGACACCACCACAGCAAAAGCAGCAAAAGUGAACGGAAGCGACUCCGAUGGGUUUGAAACGGCCAGCGAACGCGGAGUCAGCGACAACGAAGAAGAACAGGAAGAAGAAAAUGCCAAUAAAGAAAUCAACAGCAAAAGCACCAGUGAGGAUCAACAACAACAACAACAACAAGAUACAUCAAAACGACGGCGAAUUGAUUCAGAAGAAGCUAAUGAAGCAAAAUUGGAAGGCAAUAGAUUGUUUGGAAAUGGGCAAUAUGAGGAGGCAUUAUUACAGUAUGAUGUUGCCUUACAAGUUUCCCCACCAGACGUGCCGUCAUCCAUUGAGUUGCGUUCCAUUUGCCAUUCCAAUCGCGGCGGGAAAUAUGAGGACACAAUCAAGGAAUGCACGAAAGCAUUAGGAUUGAAUCCUUCUUACAUGAAAGCUCUUGUUAGAAGAGGAGAGGCUCAUGAAAAGCUAGAACAUUUUGAGGAGGCUAUUGCUGAUAUGAAAAAAAUCUUGGAAUUGGAUCCUUCAAAUGACCAAGCUAAGAAAACCAUUCGCCGCUUGGAGCCACUUGCUGCAGAAAAGCGAGAAAAGAUGAAGGAAGAGAUGAUUGGAAAGCUGAAAGACAUGGGAAACUCUUUGCUGGGCCGCUUUGGCAUGAGCAUUGACAAUUUCAAAGCUGUUCAAGAUCCAAAUACUGGUUCUUAUUCCCUUUCAUUCCAACGUUAA